AUGUCUGGAAAAGGAAAAGCUGGAAAAUCUUCCUCUGGAAAGACCGGUAGCGAUUCAAAAGCUCAAUCGCGUUCCUCAAAAGCCGGUCUUCAGUUCCCUGUCGGGCGUAUCCACAGAUUGUUGAAGAAGGGCAACUACGCACAGCGUGUUGGUGCUGGUGCUCCUGUAUACCUUGCUGCUGUCUUGGAGUACCUUGCUGCUGAGAUUCUGGAGCUUGCUGGCAAUGCUGCCCGUGAUAACAAGAAACAACGUAUCGUUCCCCGCCACCUUCAACUUGCCAUUCGUAAUGACGAGGAGUUGAACAAACUUCUUGGCGAUGUUAUCAUCAGCCAGGGUGGUGUGGUGCCAUUUAUCAACCCAGAACUUCUUCCCACGAAAACCAGCAAGGGCAAGAAGGAGGGUGCUUCGCAAGAGGUCUAG